AUGGAAAAAUAUCUCCGCGACUGGCGGCAAGAGGCCCUCAAUCGCAACCAGUACGACACGGCAAUAUUUGUCGCCGACAAGCUGCUUGCACUGACAAAUGCAGACGAAGAUGCAUUCUGGCUGGCCCAAGCCCACUUCAGCACCGGCAACUACAACCGCACCCAGUCUCUCCUCGCGCGCGGGAACCUCAUCGACCGCAGCCCGACAUGCAAAUAUCUCGCCGCGCACUGUUCAAUCAAGCUGGGCAAGACCGACGAGGCGCUGCACAUACUCGGCGACAAGAACCCGUCCCAUCUCAUCUCGGCGCCGGGAAGCGCACGCCAGAAGCUGCGGCAUGUCGACGUCAACACGCGCGCGGGCCCCAGGCACAACAAGAACGGCUCGCGCAACGAGCGACUCCCCACCAGCGAGGAGCGCGACCGCGAGGACAUCAGCAGCAUCAAGUCGGAGGCGGGCAUGUGCUACCUGCGCGGGCUGUGCUUUGCGAAGCAAAACUCGUUCGAUCGCGCAAAGGAGUGCUACAAGACGGCGGUGCAGAUCGACGUGCAGUGCUUCGAGGCGUUUGAUGCCCUCAUGGCGAAUUCCCUCAUGUCGCCCGAAGAGGAGUGGAAGUUCCUCGACUCGCUCGACUUCGACACCAUCAACGUCGCCAACAACCCCUCCCUGUCGCAAGAAGCCGCCCAGUUCACAAAGACGCUCUACACCACGCGUCUGUCCAAGUACACCAAGCCUGAGGAGUUUGCGAGUGCGACCGAGACUCUCAGCACGCACUACAACCUCGGCUCGAAUCCAGAUAUCCUCCUCGCAAAAGCAGAUCUCAUGUUCACGCACUGUCGCUUCCGUGAUGCCCUCACCCUCACCUCAUCCGUCCUCGAGACAGACAAGUACAACUUCAACAUCAUGCCCGUGCAUCUCGCCUCUCUGCACGAACUCGGCCAAACAAACACCCUCUUCCUCCUCGCCCACGACCUCGCAGACUCGAACCCCCAAGAAGCGUGCUCAUGGCUAGCCGUCGGCGUCUACUACCUCGCCAUCGGACGCAUAGCCGAAGCACGCCGCUACUUCUCCAAGUCCUCCAUGAUGGAUCCGCACUUUGGUCCCGCAUGGAUAGGCUUCGCGCACACCUUCGCCGCCGAGGGCGAGCACGACCAAGCCAUCUCCGCCUACUCCACCGCCGCCCGCCUCUUCCAAGGCACGCAUCUCCCACAACUCUUCCUCGGCAUGCAGAACCUGCAACUCAACAACCUCUCCCUCGCCCGCGAAUACCUCAAAGCCGCCCACGACUUGUGCGAAACCGACCCCCUGCUGCUCAACGAACUCGGCGUCGUCUACUACAAUGAAGAACAGUUCCUCGAAGCCAGCCAAUACUUCCGGCGCGCACUCGAAAUCUCGGCCCAGAACGAAGCUGAGCCAGAUGCGCUGGUCCCCACCAAGAUCAACCUCGCACAUGCACUUAGGAGAGCAGAACUCUUCGAAGACGCCCUCAUCACCUUCGAAGAAGUUCUGCGUCACGGGAUCAAAGACCCCUCCGUCUUCGCCGCCAAGGGCCUCGUCCUCAUGGAACUCGGCCGCGAGUGGGACGCCGUCAUCAUUCUUCAUGAAGCGCUCGCCGUUGCGCCGCAGGAUCCCAUGGCUACGGACUUACUCAACCGCGCCCUGGAUAACAGCGACGACAUGGCGGUCGAAAAGGGCCACGUCGUCGAACUUCUCGAGGAUCGCGACGACGAGGAGAUUGAGGCGCUGGACCGCAGGAUGAACGGCAGACUGAGAGAGAUUGAGCAGAAUCGCGUCGCGGGAAGGAGGGGACGGAGGAGGAGGCAUGCGCAAGGAUUGGAGGAGGAGAGUUUGAUGGAAGAGAGCAUGGUGGUGGAUUCGGACGAGUGA